AUGCCAGUGGUAGAAAUGCUUGUCGAUUCAGCCGUAGGUUUUGAGUAUCUUAGUAUGCUUGAUGCGUAUUCUGGAUAUAAUCAGAUUUUCAUUGCUGACGAAGAUAUCCCUAAAACAAUGUUUCGUUGCCCAAGAGCCUUGGGCACCUUUGAAUGUGUGGUCAUGCCUUUUGGUUUGAAAAAUGAUGGAGCAACUUAUCAAAGAGAAAUGCAUUCUAUUUUUCAUGAUUUCAUUGAGACUUUUAUGCAAAUUUACAUUUACGAUAUUGUUUUUAAGUCUGUAUCAGGAAAAAGUCAUAUUGACCAUCUCCGACAGUCAUUCGAAAGAAUGAGGAAACAUGGUUUGAAGAUGAAUCCUCUCAAGUGCGCGUCUUAUGCGAAGGCAUGA